AUGAGAGACUUGAUUAACCAAAAAACUACACAAUCAUCACAAUCACCUGUAUGUUUAUUUGAAGAAUACCAAGAAACUUUCGAAGUUAAGAGUGGAAAUGAACUAAAAGAGGUAAUCGACUCGCUCCAAAGAGCAAUCCACAAAUUCGUCCUACUCAAAGAACAACACGUCAUGCGAGUAACAUUUCCGCGUAACACCGUAACCCCCGUUCUUCAACUAUUUUGUCAGUCGGUUCCUACGCAAGAUCAAAAAGAAAUUAAACGUGAAUUAGAUCAGAUUACUUCGACGACGGGAAACGCGAUUCUACUUAGAUAUGGAGAUCGGAUUGCCGAAUAUUUAAAUAGUAUUUAUCGCGUAAAAUAUAAGCAUUUGAAAUUGGAAGUCGAGAAUAUUAAGAACAGGAACCAGGUGAUGAUGGUUGGAGAAGAGAUUGAGAUGGUGGUUGAAGGAGGAGGCGGGGUUGGAAUAAUAAUUGUGGUGGUCGAUUAA